AUGUCGCUCGUGCAGCUACAGCGACUGCUACCGCUGCCGGAAGAGGAAUUGAAGCAGGUCCUUGACUAUGGCGCGACAUUAUCCAAGUCCGAGGCCGCUGAGCAUUUCGGUAACCUGUUGGGUGACUCCCCGCAAGCCAUAGAAUUCAUCUCGUCGUUCAACUCGCGACGCAAAGACACCAAACCCGUGCCAACCCCAAAUUACACCCCAGAAGCAAGCUCUGCGAACAACAGCGAUGCGCCAAACGAUGGUGUCCCCAGGCCGAGGCGAGGGCAGAAGAAGAAGAAGCUGGCCUUGCACACCCCUCCUCCCCGACAAGUCGAGGCCUUCCCCACGCCUGGUCUCAGCUACAGCAAGAAGAGUCAGCAAGAAGACUACAUUGGCAAGCGACCGAGUCCCGCGCCCACUGCGGCAGCCAGCUCCUCGGCAUCCAAGCCUCCCGCGAAGGGGGCGACACCCGCUCCUGCUCCUGCUCCUGCCCCUCCGGCGCAGAGAACAGCCGCCGGCUACCUUAUAUCAGAGGGCCCGCAGAAGGCGAAGGCCAAGUCCAACCCUGUGAGCCGCUCGUCGACACCCAAACCCGGCGCGACGACCAAGGUGUCCAUCGCUGGCGGCACGCCUAUGGCUGGUGCCUCGACCGCCCUCAACGACCUCGAUGCUGCCAUCAGAACGCUUGAGAUGACGACAAACCCCACAUUACAGGACAACGUCAACGCCCGUCGGUGCAACUGUGUUGGUGCACGCCAUGGCGUCCAGGCGGCAGCUCCAAACUGUCUGUCCUGCGGCAAGGUCAUCUGCCUUAAGGAGGGGCUUGGUCCAUGUACUUUCUGUGGAGCGCCGCUCCUCAGCUCUGCAGACGUUCAGGCCAUGGUCCAAGAACUCAAGCUUGAAAGAGGUCGGGAGAAGAUGGCGGCCGAUCGGGAAAUUCACAAACGUGCCGAAGUCAGCAAGAAACCGGCGCCUUUCAGUCAGUUUAAAACAAGCAGCAGCAGCAACAGCCCUACCGAUAAUCCGCAGUCGUCCGAGGCGGAAGCUAGGGCCAAGGCACAUAGAGACAAGCUAUUGAACUUUCAGGCUCAGAAUGCGCAGCGGACAACGGUGCGCGACGAGGCGGCAGACUUUGACGUUUCCGGGGCCGUGGCCGGGACGGGGGGCAACAUGUGGUCGACGCCAGAGGAGCGGGCGAAGGAGCUAAAGCGGCAGCAGAAGAUUCUUCGCGAGAUGGAGUGGAAUGCCCGUCCCGAGUACGAAAAGCGACGUCAAAUCGUCAGUAUCGAUCUUGUGGGCGGACGGGUUGUGAAGAAGAUGGCGGCUGUCGAGCGGCCGCCGUCACCAGAGCAGGAAGAGGAUGACUACCAAAGGGACCAGGAGAACUAUACACCACAGCCUCGAGGUGGCGGGGGUGCUUUUAGCCGCAACCCCCUCCUAGGCCACAUGAUUAAGCCCGUUUACGAGCUGAAAGGAAAGGCAGCGGAGCUUCAAGGCCGGCGGGAUCGCAAGACGCAGUGGCGGCGGGUGCAAGAUGACCUUCGGGAUAACGAGGCUGUGAUAUUAGAUGGAGGCGCGCAUGGACACGCAUCGACAGCGGAUGAGCCGGCAUGCGGGUGA